UGUUUCUCGCCGCUUCAACCCCUCGCUUUCUCUCAGACACUGGCGCACUACCUUCGUUCCUUGAACACUCUCUCUUUAACCUACAAUCUUGCUAGUAUGUCAUCUCUUACAAUGUUUGCCAAGAUCUUCCGGCGUUGCAAGGACGAACCGGGCUCCGUAUCGCAUUCGAAAGGCUUGAGAAGAAGGAGAUUAUUUUGCAAGAAAAGAUUGCUUUGGAGAUUGAGAGAGCCAAAGAAUUUACAAAGGCAAAAAAUAGACCAGCUGCAUUGCAAUGCUUGAUGAGGAAGAAGUUUUAUGAAGAACAAAUUGAGCACCUUGGGAGCUUUCAAAUGCUUAUUCAUGACAAGGAGCAAAAGCUGCAGAAGAAAUCAUCUAUUAUUGGCGGUCAGCGUGAACAAAUUACUAGCAAUGUAAAUGGCAAAUUGGGGAAAAGCAGUAUUCGUACUACUUUGGACUCAGCUCUUUAGUAAAAUUAUUUGCACAAAAAUUGCAAGAUGUUCAUGCUUGAGGUAGAAGAAAGAGGUCUAAGCUGUGUUACUGCAGUAACACCAACAGAAAUAGAGGCCGGCUAUGAAGGCUUCAACUGACACAUUUGACUUAGUGAGUUCGUAACAUGUAAAUAGUUAACUAUCUAAUGUCUUCAGGUAGAAAUUGCAAAACUUGGCUUUUAUCUCUAUGUUUGUUCAUAGUUUUUAGUUUCUGACACUGAUACGAACUCUUUCAUUUUAUAAUCUGUUAAGCAUUUGGGUUGGUUUCGGUUCAUGAAAACAA